GUUUUACCUUUAAUGAUUUACGUUUCAGUCAUUAUGUUUGUUGGAAAUGUUUGAAAUACAAAGUUGGGAUCUCACCGUUCUGUGUUUUUUGGAACGAUGCGAAUGUUAAAGAUGACAGGAUAUAAACAAUGUGUGUAUUUUGUUAUCGGAUGUUUAGUCUCAACAUCCAUAACUGCCACAAUUGUAAACGAAAAGGAUGUACAUAUUGAAGGAUACUUCAGAUGGGAACAUCCUUCCAUUGCUAGCAAAUUUCUAUUUUGUAUGCAAUGCUGCAAAAAGUUACCUUUCGAAAAAGGAAGUUGUUUUCCUGUUAUGUAUAUGAACAAUAAUAGAGAUAGCGCUGCAUGUUGUUCCACUAUCAAAUCAAAACCAUUUUGGGAAUUUAGAAAAUAUUCCUACUUAAAGGGGGAUUUGUUUAUCGAAUACAAUUCCUUAAUUGGAUUCGCAAAAAUUGUAAGUAAAAACAAAUAUCAGUUAUAUGAUCUUGAGCAUCAUCAUGGGUUUUUGAAGGAAUUUCCUGACAAUAUCUGCAAUUUUCCAACGAUAGUUAGAAUGGAUUUGUCAUGGAAUAGAAUCCAGUUUUUACCAAGCCUUGAAUGUCUACAGUCUCUCGAUAGUUUGAUACUGUCUGAUAACAAAAUCAAAAGAAUCGACGCUUCCUCUCUCGCUAGUCUGUCUAAUUUGAGGCAAAUUGACUUUUCGUAUAACAGAAUCGAGUAUUUAGAACCCGGAUGUUUCUCAUACCGACCAGGAAGUCUUCUGAAAAUACACUUACAAUACAACAACAUAAAGAGUAUUGAUAUAAGCGAUUUAAUUUUGAAACACUACUUCGAUUUUAUAAAAAUAUUCAAUAACGAUUUAAGAACUAUUACAAAUUUGAAAAAUAAUACAGGUUUCGUAAAUGGUUCAAUUGGAGGUGGACUGAUUCAGAUGAUGAAUAACUCAUUCACUAACCUUCCUAUGUAUAAUACUUUGGGAUUUUCUGCUGAUGAUGCCUUAAAAAUUGUGUUUAGAUACACAAUUGAUGUACUCUAUAAUAAAUGGAUAUGUGAUUGUAAAAUGUGGGAUGGAUACUUGGUUAUGGCUUCUCAAGCUAUGGAUCAGUACUAUACAUUGGGUAUGCCCAAAUGUGUUUACCCACCUCAUUUGAAGGGCUACAGCCUAGGAUAUUUCAGGAUGAAAAAUCAUACUGCAGACCUAUUGAUUUGCAACAUAACAGAAAAAGAAAAAUGUCCUGUAAGAUGUAACUGUUUUGAUCAACCUUCAAAAAAUAGAGUUGUGGUGAAUUGCACAUCACAACUUUAUAUUAGCAUGCCCCAUGUCGUUCCUGACCUAUCUGGCCUAGACAUUGAUCUUAGACACAACAAAAUAACAUUUUUCCAAAAACACGAAUACCUCGAAAGAACAAUUAGCAUUAAUUUAUCCUUCAACUUUAUUGUAAAUGUAGAUCCUACAAUAUACAGAAUACAAAAUAUACUCUUUACUGAUCUAAGAAAUAAUCAAAUCCAAACGCUGCACAGAGAACUCCUGUUAAGAGAUCCUUGUGCAAUAGGAUUCGGAAAAAUUACUGUAAAAUGUACGUGCGACAUGAUAUGGAUAAAGCUUUGGUUACAUAAACAGCAUGCAGUUAACUGUUCAUACAACCAAAUAACAUGUGAAACACACGAAAGCUUCGUUAAUGCUGCUCUUGUUUCGAAAUCUGAUUUAUGCGAAGAUCAAGACAUAGAACGAAGCUUUAUGAGUUAUGUCUUGCUGGGAGUUACAAUCAUAAGUGUAGCAAUAGGGACAUUCCUGUGUUCUCAGUUCAAAUAUGAAAUAUUGAUAUUAUUCAGGAAACUAAGAUGUAAAAGACAAAUUGGCAUAUCCUUUCACUACAGAAGUGGAAACAAUGAACUGGUUCAAAUGGACGACAAAACUAUAUCGUACGAUGCAUAUCUAUCCUUUGAUGAAAACAAUGAAAUUAUUCGGAAAUGGAUUGUGGAAGACUUGAUAAAACAUUUAGAGAGCAAAGGUUAUAAACUUUGUUUACCAUGUCGCGAUUUUGAUGCAGGCAUGAUACGAGAAGAAGAAAUUCGAGGAGUAAUUUCAAAAUGCAAGUCUUUUAUUGUUCUAUUGUCGGAUGAAUAUUUGGAAGAUCAUUUUGCGAACCUCGAAUGGAAACUAAUUUGGAAUAAUUAUAAAUAUGACAGAUCCAAGCGAAUCGCCAUAAUAAACUACGAUAUCAUGGAAAGUGGAUAUGUUAAGCAAAGAAAUAUGAAAGCAUUUCUUCGAUUAGGUUAUGCCAUGGAUUUUUCAAACACGGACCACCAACUUAUGCAAGAGAUAGUACACAAGUUGGGUCAACCAGUUGAUUUACAAAAGUAUUGAACACUUAUCAAGAAUAAAUAUUGCUUGAUAGGUUACAUUUUCCAUGAAGUCUUCAAAUAGCAUGAAUCAUCUAUAUAGACAUAUGAAGAGGAUACAAAGGGUCAACUUAAAAGAAUCAGUCGAAGAAAGAGAAGGAAAUACCAUGGCCAAAAGAAAAAAAUCCCAAAAGACAAAAAAAAGUUCAGAAAACACAUAAAAGUAAAAAUUAAGCAACCCAACCAAGCACUUGGGUGUUACCGUCGUUAUGCCCAUGACAAGCACACAUCUGAUGAUAAUUUGCACACUGUGGAUAUAUUACAUAAUAAACUGAACUGGUGUAAAUACUCGUUAAAGAUAGUUUGGCACGCAAGAGACGCAUUUCGUUUUCACUAGAAUCAUCAUUUGCGCUAGAAUCAAACCACUGGAAAGCAAACCAAAAGGAAAGUUGAUGAAUGAUAAAAAUAAAAAUUUCUUUUAGGCAAAUCUAACUAUGGCGGCCCUAGUCUGGAGAGAACAAUGCCUAAGUGUUUCGAACGAUUUUAUAGUUUUUUUAAAAAACAGUAAAUUAACAAAAAUGUAAAGUGUUUAAAAGUGUCAUUUUCAUUUAUUAGCACUGGAUUGAUACAUCUGCGGGUGGGUUGGAGGUCUCCGAGGGUAUAAUCGGAGCAAUAGUCAGUGCUUCGGUGCUGACAUGAUUUAUAACAUACCCACUUUUCAAUUGUCCACUAAAACAAAUAUGAAUUAUAAAGAUACUAACGUUACAACUCCAUCAGACCAAGUAGACCUUAGAUGGAAGGCAAUUCUCUUGAUGUCUUUUUUUGUCAUUCGGCUCCUCACGUUUUCAAGGACUUAUAAAUCCUUAGCAUUAAAAUUUUUGCUUUUACCGUUCCCGAUAAAGGUAAAUCCAGAAAAGUGCUUCGGACGCAAGUAAUAUAUAAAAUGUUAUUUUCAUUUACGAAAAUGACCGUAUCAAGGAUACUUCAUAUCAGCACAUGAGUGCUAAGUUCUAGGCUAGUGAUUACAUCGGGACAAAACGUUCACAAGCAGUGGCAUCGAACCAUUGGUUGUAAUUUGUAAAAAAAACAUUUCAUAAGUUUGGGGCAUUCGAACCGCUUUUCUGGAUUUAUGUUUUUAGUGAAAUACAGAACUGCUCCUAACUUUAGGACAAGCAUGUCUCUAAAUAGGAAGUGAUUCCUUCCAAUUCAAGGCUUCCUGUUCUAAUGGUCUAUGUGUGACGUGUGUUCCACAGCUCCUGCACGAAGUAUUUAGUUAUUAGAAGCCACGCUAAUCUUACAGUGAUUGUUGGUAAGUCAUUAACACAUUCACUUCUCCGUCACCAGGAACGCUCAGGCACAAAUGUUGAAAGCCUCGAAUUGGAACUCUUUGGAUACAAGAUGAGCCAAUGACCGAAAUAGACCUUAAACGAAUAGCCAAAUUAACCAAAGAUGAAAUUAGCCUUAGUAAGUUCGAACCUUAUUUUUUUUAAAGAUAAUUUCUAAAUUAUCAUCGGGAUAUUUUCAAAUGUAUCUUCAAAAUUAUGUCAGUCCAAAGCACUGCCAUAUAGUUUACCAAGUUUAUUUUUUUGUUCAGAUUAUGUGUAUUUGUAGCGUAUAAGUUUAAACAAUCCGUACUGUCCACAGAGUUUACUACAGGAUCAAUGAUGUUGAGUUUUCCUAAGACUUGAAUGUUUUAUAAUCCAAAAAUGUGACAUUCGAGAUUUAAUUGAUUUAAUUGCAAUUUGAAUAAUGCGAUUUUCAAUGAUCCAUUUUUCAGUGAGUGCUUGCAUCUCAUACUAGUAUAUCCUUUAUAACUUGACAUUAAGUGUACCACUGGAACUAGGACUGUUUCAUAUCUGGAUUUUUUUUAAAAAAAUAGACGUACAUGGACAAAUCCUCGCUAAACGCUCUCUAGAACUUGUGUUUAUAUGUAUCAAUAUUCGACUCAAACUAAAACUUUGAACUUUAAAAACGGAUCAACGAUAAACGUGACGAUUUCUUCUUGGCAACUUCUCAUUUUUUAGUAGAAAAGUACCCUCUGACGUUAGAUGUAUCUAAAUUGAUAACUACGCGCUUCCAUAUUCACAUUGCACGGGAUUUAUUAAUUUGGUUGUGCAUUUUCGCAAAGAGUGUUCAUUCGGGAAAAUGAGGAAAAACGACUAAAAUUAACACUACACAAAAUUAUGGGUACCAUCACCAUUUGGUUGACUAAUACGAUGUUUUGGUGUCACAAGUCAUAAGAGACACAAUUCCGCUGCUUAGAUCUAAUAUACCAGCAAAGUAGUCUGAUAUGUAAACUUAAUGAUUGUUUCCUUUUCUCUAUUGUGACGUUUUGACUGAGGCUGGGGAUACAUGCUUAACAAGAAACGCUGAUCCUACCGUCGCAUCAAGCCUCGCUCUUUGUCAAUCCGUCAAAUGUUUUCCUUGGUUUGUGUAUAGAUGAAUUAAUUGACGAGAUUUGAAGACCUGCAAACUACUGUUUCCUCUUAUUUAACACAGAAUUGACGCAAGCUGUAAUUUCCACAAUUCUGUAAAUACCCAUUUAAGGGGGUACCCAAAACUUUGACUAACAUAGAAAUAAUAUUCAUAAAGUUUUGUGAAAAAUUAUUUACUUUGUCCUGUUGACAAAAACAUAAAAAUUUCAAGAAAAUGAACCGCACAAUUUACAGCUUCAUUGGAUAUAUAGCAGUUUGACAAACACUAAUUUUGAUCAUUGAGAGGCAUGAUUUAUUUUUUACAAAUAAUAUGUGAUUUAAACAUUCAGAUGAUUUUUAAAGAUUUAACUUCCUUAGAUGUUCUGUACCCCUAAACUAUGAAAAACGUUUUACAAUAUUAGGCUAAAUGUUUUUACAUUUUACCGCAAGUCUAAACAAGGUGGACAUGAGUUGAUCAUAUACAGGUACUUUCAAAGAUCUUUAGGCUUAAAAUGUAUUUCCAUUAUAGAGUAGAAUAAAGGUAUAAUAUUGUCACAAUAAUUGCUAAUUUUCAUAGUUUUCUUUCGAGGCUUUGAACUCUGGAGAAAAGAAUGAAAAUUAUUGAUCUAACAAUGUCAAAAUAUAUGCAAACUUUUGUAUUGGUUAAAUUAAAACCAUGAUAGUUAUAACCUUGCUUCAAUACUGCAGUUUUGAGGCUAGUUUUGGUACUAAAGAAAAUAAUCGUAUUAUUAUUAUAGUCUUCCAGUAUAUUCAGUAGAAUUUGGCUUUAAGGGCAGAUCUUUGAUAGUUUCUUUUUAAUCAAUUCACAACUUUUGUAUAGCCCUCUAAUCUUUUGUUGAGGAACUCUAGAUGCCUUAUAUUUUUCUUGUCGUUAGAUUGCUGUCUCAUGGACGUUUACCCAAUAUUUUCCUUUAUUCACAUUGUUUUAAUGUUCAGUUGUUCACAACAGUACGGAAAUGUGGUUACGUCAUUUUAAGUGACAAAGUUUGUGUGAAUAGAAAAUUUUAUUUUUUAACGCCAUUGUAUCACGACCAUAUUUUAAAAAUCCCAUAAAAACAUAUUAAGAUUAGAAAAUCAAACUUUUGAGACAAGUCUGCAAUGAGUUAGCGAAAAUAUAACUUGGAAAAAUAAAGACUCUCUGAAGGAAGAAGAAAGAAGAAACGCCUUAGUUUUAUAUUUAAGCCUCAUUGCGUGUGUUUCAAUCAAAAUUGUGUUACAAGAAAAGUAACACUUUGACAAAAUUAUGAGAUUGUUGUACUCAUUGACAGUCAUGUUUCCAAUCUAUUACAGAGGCUACCUAAUUAAAAGGUUUAAUGUAGUUCAAUCAUACCAUAUCUCCUUAUUUUUUUUAAUUUAUUAAAAUGGCCAUUACAAUUCCCGUUUGUUCAUAAUUUUAUAUUGCAAUUACAAUUGAAAUAAUAAAAUAAAAUAAAACUUGAGGCAAAUUAAGCAUAAUAUAGCGCAUAAACUUGAUGUAGCUCAUUCUAAAAAAAAAAAAAACUUACAUAUUACAUGAAACUGACUAUAUUGGUACCUAAAUUGUCACGGAACACUUGGCGUUUAUGUCACUAUAAAAGAGAGAAGAAUAAAAACAAUAUGCAAACCAAAUAAAUAGCUUACUUACAUAGGUUUUUAAAAAAAUGAAGAGAAACAAAAACAACCUAGAGAAAAUAUCAUUUGAAAGACAAUUCAUAUAUAAGUUAAAUAUAGACGUCAAAUAGUAUAUGGCUAGCUAGGCAAUUGUGAGUAUUAUACCGUAUUCCUGACAACACUCAGUCUGGCUUCUACAUUUUUCAUUAGCUUUACACACUCGUGUGUAUACGAGAUAUAUGAACUGGUCCCAAAUUCUCCGUUCUAAGGAAAAGCCACCCACAAGGAUUGUUUGUUUGACUGUUUUAGUUUUCUCGUUGGCAAUCAUGCCACAACUCCUUAUUUUCAUAAACAUUGUUUAAAUACACAAACACGUCCUGUUGUUUGAAAACCAAAAAUCCAAUACCUCGUGUAGAUAAAUGGCCACGCACGUUAAUGAAUCCUUGUGACAACUCAUUGUGAGUUACGUAGAUUGCCUGUUUCAAAGCAAAAUGUCUGCUUCUAUUUAACAUGACCUAAUUGUUAUUGGCAAUCUAGAUUUUUCGCCUUUCAUCCCGAAAGACCUCCUUUACAGAGACUACUUUUAGCAUUUAUUUGUUAUAGUCUUUGAUAGAUGUAUGCAUGAAAUAUUUGCCACUGACCUUUAACAAGCCACAAUCCUUUAACCAACCAACUCUAAUAUACGUAUUUUUGACUCUUUAUACUGUCAAGACCAAGGAGAUAUUUAAAUCGAAUGCGUUAUAUUAAUUGAAAAUAACGCAUAAUUAAGGCUUCAAUAUAAAAUGAAGCUUUUUUGAGUCAUCUUUUCAUUUGACCACGUAAUGAGUUUUGUUAAUUUCCACUUGAACCUUAUCGAUCAUAUGAGUUCAAACUUUCAAUCAUUUUACACAGUUAUCGUAUCUGUAUGAAAAGUCCCACAUAUCUUAAAUUUUAGAUUCAUGUCUUAAUAUUCAAAUAUAAGAAAAUACCUUACAAUUUAUAUAUCUACAUGUAAAAACUAGAAGAAAGGAGUAUCCUCUAAUGCUAAAUUUAGUUUUUUUUUUCGUGUCUUUGGAUUGUUGUUUCAUUCAUCUAUAUUCCAAAUAUCUUUUUAUUCAUAUGUAAAUCAAUAUUAUUUAUCUGUAUUUUUUAAGGGCGUGUUAUGCGUAUAUGUAAUUACAUACUCAAAUGAAAACACUGCAAUAUUGAAGGCUUAAGAUGGAGAUUAAAAACUAAAAAGAGGUUUAACUUUUGUAUAGUAUUAUAGAAAACUUUAAAAACUGCACGAACAAUAUUGAAUAACGGAAAGUUAGAUACAAGCUAAUGCAUUUGAUUAGAAACAAAAAAUUAUUACGUUUGAUAUAAGGUCAACAACAGAAAAUCACAUAUUUCAAAAACAAAACCAAAACAACGUGUAUUAAGUAUCACAACCUUUUAUACAGCUUUUGAAAUUUUAAAGGUCCUACACAAUAACCAAAUAUCUGAACAAAAGUGCAGCGUAUUUUUUAUAUCGUGAAGUGGGUUUACAAUUUACGUAUUUGUUUCAGUUAAAUCGAGUUAUGACUAUUGAACAGCGGUAUACUACUAUUGUCUUUAUUAGAUCAUACGACAAGUUGUGCUUAUUAUGAUCUACGUUUCACACAUUAUGUUUGUUGGACAUAUCUGAAAUAAAAUAUUGAAUUUUCGAGAACCUUUUUGGAAUGAUGCGAAUUCUAAGGAUGACAGGAUAUAAACAGUGGAUGUAUUUUGUGAUCGGAUGUUUAGUCUCAAAAGCCGCAACAACAACAAUUGUAAAUGAAACGGGUGUACAUAUUAAAGGAUACUUCAGAUGGGAACAUCCUUCCAUUGCUAGCAAAUUUCUAUUCUGUAAGAACUGCUGCAAAAAGUUACCUUUCGAAAAAGAGGUCAACUUUAAAGAAUCAGUCGAAGAAACAGAAGGAAAUAAAAUGGCCAAAAGAAAAAAUACCCAAAAGACAAAUAAAAGUUUAGAAAACACAUAAAAAUAAGAGCUAAGCAACCCAACCAAACACUUGGUGGUGAACCUAGGUUCACUACAACGGUUAGCAGCUUCAGCUUCAUUAUAGGGGUAACCGUCGUUAUGCCCAAGACAAGCACACAUCCAAUGAUAAUUUGCAUUCUGUGGAUAUAUUACAUAAUAAACUGAACUGGUGUUAAUACUCGUUAAAGAUAGUUUGGUACGCAAGCGACGCAUUUCGCCUUCAUUAUACUCAUCAUUUGCGUUAGAAUCAAACCACUGGAAAGCAAAACCUAUUUGGAAGUUGAUGAAUGAUGAAAAUAAAAAUUUCUUUUGGCAA